CCGACUCUGUGAGAUGUUAACGUAUGCUCAGUGGAUAGGAUAAAAAAUGCAAGCAUUAUGCAGAACAUUUUCUAGUGUACUGUAUGUAGCCAACUGUUUUUUAGGCUGAGUGGUGCGCAUGCCCCAUGUCAUAGUAAAGGAAAAGCAUAAUGAAUCCCCUCUCUCAUUGACCACAGUGCGCAUGGUCAUUGCUUUUGUAUCAUUUAUGUCCGUCUGAGCAAGAUCAGCUGCACUUCAUGUAUUGCAGAAAUAAGUUUUACGGCGUUGAAGUAGGCUUUUUUCAAAGAAAUCAUCGGAUAAGGAAACAGAAUAUGUCGGUAAACAAAGCUAAGAAAGUAAAAAUGGCUACCAAAUCAUGCCCUGAGUGCGACCAACAGAUUCCAGUUGCUUGCAAGUCUUGUCCCUGUGGCUAUGUAUUCAUUAGUCGCAAGCUUCUAAAUGCCAAACUGAAUGAGAGAUCACCACCAGCAAUAGACAAGUUGGAUGCAAAGAGGAGGAGAACUGAAAGAAUUCGCAGAGAGAAGAUCAACUCUCCGUCAACCAAUGACAUGGAGAACAGAAGGCGAUGCCGCUCCAACAGCCAAUCGGAUCAGAUCCGGAGAGGGCGGGGCAGGCCAAAGACAGUUGGGCUGAAGAAGCAGGAGGAGGAGAAAGAAAAAUUUGAGAAAGAAGUUGAUAUCUAUGCCAACCUCUCAGAUGAGAAAGCAUUUGUGUUUUCGGUGGCAUUGGCCGAGAUCAACCGAAAGAUCCUGGGCCAAAGACUGAUCUUAUAGACAGACCAGAUGGUUGCUUUGAGGGAUUGACAUGUGAAACCUAAGAUUGUUACUGUGGAGAAACCCAUGGAUGACCACCACAGUGUGUCUAACAGGGUAUGAACUCUGACCCAUGAACUCCCUGCCGGAUUGGUCAAAGCCUUGGGAAAAUGGAGAUGUUGGGGAACAUUGAGAAGCAGGCACCUGGUCUGCUCAAGAGGAAAUGUUGGAACCAACUUUUAUCUUUAGAGUAGCUUAUGGAAUUGGAGGGGGUAGGACAUCUGAAUAUUUAUCUUUUAAUCAGAUUUUAUAUUAUAUAUAUAUAUAUAUAUUAGAUGAUAUGGUAUUAUAUGAUAUUAUAAUCUAAGUGAUAUGGUAUAGGAUUCAUCACCAACCAAGAAAGCUGUCGGUAGCAAAACAUUUCUAUUAAAAAAGGGCAUAAAUAUGUUGAAGCAUGGAGGGCCAUCCUUGCAUUGUAACUGGCUUCUAUAAUGUUAUUGGCUUGUAGUGCUAGUAAACAUUGUUUAAGUCUAGAUGCCAUUGCAACAUAAUGUUCAAUAUAUUUUGUAUCAUGCUUAAGACUUUGGGAGAAGGCCUUGCACAUUUAUAUUUAUAAUGCUUGUGUACCAUCUUAAUUUAAAUGCAUAUUGUUUUGUCUUUUGUUUCAUUAUUGGUGACAUUAUAUUAAAUAUGUCAUAUUUGCUUUGGGCACCUGUAAUUUAAAUGUCAACGGCAAAUCCUCUUUAAUGUGACUUAUUUUUGUCAUUAAAAGAGAUGAAUCACAACCACCACUGUCAGAUGUUGGGCCUUAAUGAGCAAAUAUACGUUUUUAUUUAAGAGUGUGUUGUACUUUGUUGAUUUACUGCACAUACACAUCAUUCAAUGGUACUAUAGUGUAUUACCCACCCUCAUGUCUAUAUGUUACCUUGCAGCAGGCAGAGGGAUUGGCUUGGCCUCUGAGACACCUGUUUGUAACCUGCCCACUUCUCCUGGAGACAGCUGCUGCUGCCGUUUCUCCAGCUCUGCUCUGCCUCCCUCCACAGGGGAAAGGCCCUGCCAUUAAAGGCUCAUCCGUCUGGAACACAUCCCAGUUUCCAUGGAACUCUCAACAGAUCUCAACCUCACAGGAUAAUCCUGUUGGAGACAUUUUCAACUGCCUGGCCUCUUUGUUCACCAAACGGCAUUGUACAUGUAUGAAUGUACAGAAACAUGCGUACAUCAUAUCCUUGUUAUUCAUACAAUGACUGAAACCUAAAGAGUAAACACUGCUGGUGUUUGAAUAUGUAAAGCAGGGCUGUUAAUGAUGAGACUUUUUCUUCUUGGUUAGGAAAAGGGUUCUGUGUGCUGUAUUGACACCUCAGUCCUUGUGAGAAACUGUGGCCAUUCUGUGAACCAGAAAGAGACCGUGUUCAGCAUGCCCCUAUGGGAAAUACAAGU